AUGGACGAGACGAUUACCGUCAAGGCCGCCGACAUGAAGAGCCUGCUGGAGGAGCUCAUUGCGCUGCGGGGCGGCCACGUCGCGCGGGAAGCUCCGAUAGGAAACGGGGCGGUGGCGGGCGACGUAGCAGCGCCCCCCGGCAAGGCGCCCCUCGCGAACGCGAUCGGAACUAUCAUCCAGCAGCCCCCGCCCGUCAAGCCGGCGCCGAUCCCGGCGUUCUCGGCCGCACCGGCGCCCCAGCUGACCCCGGCAGAGGCACUCCUCGCGGUCCUCGCGGCGCAAAACAGCGCCUCCGCGACCACGCCCGCGCACCAGGACCUCGCCCUCCUCGCCUUCCUCGCCCAGGAGAGCGAGGCCAAGGCCGCCCGCGCCCGCCCGGCCCUCCUUGACGGCCACCCCCCACCGGGCACCCAGCCUGCAGGCCUUCACCCCGCGCUCGCCGCGCCGAGCUUCGGCUUCCAGCACAUCCAGCAAGCCGGCUUCCUGCAGCCCGGUGCUCUCGGGUCGCAGCUCCACCGCUCCACGCUCUACCGGGACCAGAUUUUCGCAGGCCACGCCACCUCGACCGCACCCGACAAGCUGGUCGCGCUCGGACAGCUCGCGGCCUUCUCCGCGCCCGCGAAGAAACCCACGGCCAAGCGCCGCCGCGUGGCGCUCUCGGACGACGACGGCGAGCUCAACAUGGAGAGGGAGGAGCGCCGCAAUGCGAGCAGGAACCGCCGCGCGGAGCGCGCGAAGCUGCGCGAGGCGCAGCAGGAGGCGGUGCGCGCGGAGGCGUUCUCGCGCCCGCAGAGCUCGUACCGGGGGGUGUAUUGGCAGAAGGGGUACCGCGGGUGGGUCUCGAUGAUCGAUGUAGGGAAGAAGUCCAUCGGGCUGGGGUACUUCAAGGACGAGACCGACGCGGCGAUGGCCUUCGACGCCGCCUGCCACCUCCUCGGCCGCCCCCCGCUCAACUUCCCCGACAAACACCCGGGGCAGGAGUGCAUCAAGUCUCCCACGGGGCUGCAGCGGCUUCUCGCGCUGACGAAGGGCAAGGUGCGCGCGAAGGUCGCCGGGAACGCGGCGAACGGCGGCGCGAGCCUCCGCAAGGCCGCGGUGAACGCCGCCGCGGCGACGGCGGGCGGCACGCCUGCGUUGUCGGCGGACGCGGUGUCGCAGGCGACGCCGGAGCCCGCCGUGGCGGCCGCGGCGGAGAUGGCGGCCACGGCCGCGGACCAGCUCGAGGCGCUGGUGCCGGAGCUGCUCGAGGACGUGCGGCUCGCGGCGGGGGCGCCGCAGUCGGCAGCGCGCGCCGAGGCCACGGCGGACCUGCUGUGCGCGGCGACGAAGAAGCUCGGGCAGGUCGCGGCGUCGGCGCUGAACGCCGCCAGCGCGCUGAACGAGGCCGCGGCGAACGCUGCGCGCACCGCGGCGGCCGCGGAGGUCGCCGAGGCGGCGGACAUGCGCGCCAUCAUGGAUCUGUCGGGGUCGCAGGGCACCGACGACCACUCGACGCCCGCGGCGACCGACGGGGGCGCGGAGGGCCCGCGGGACGCGCAGCGGUCGCAGGACGACGCCAACUGCGGCGGCGGCCCGUCGGAUGCCGCAGGCGGCGCAGGCGUGCCGAGCAGGAUGGCGCCGCCCGCGCCGGACGUGCCGGUGUCCGCUGCCGGGACGCAGUGA